UAUGAACAAGCGUCCAAAUUCUCGAAAAUGUUUGAACGAUUGGAAAAUGAACUGGAACAAUUAAAAAUUCAGCAUUUCGGCGUUUCGUCAACUGAAUUGGAAGAAGUGUUUCUCAAAGUUGGAAGCGAUCACAAAAGUUCGAAUAAAGAAUUAACUCAAAAUGGAAAGACAAAAGAUAUCGAGGCUUCGGAGACAGAGUUGCUUAGUGGCUUCAGAUUGCAUAUGAAUCAUUGGUAUGCCAUGCUCAAAAAGAGAUAUUACUGCUGGAAGAACAGCUGGAUUCUAUUUUUGGUGCAAAUCAUCGUUUUGAUCUUCUUUACUGCAAUCAGUGUGACUUUUGCUCGGGAAAGUUCUCACAACUCCAAUACUCUUCAAGAGCGUAAACUAUCAUUAAGUACUUAUAAGAAAGGAACAGUGACAAUAUGUCCGCAAUAUACCAAAAAUGCUACAAUUAACAGAAUUAUUGAUCAAUAUCACAAUGAAAUAUCAAUGAGUUCUACUGAAGAUUCCAAACAUAAUUGGACGGAGUUUGGAGAAGAGGGCAUUCAAGAGAAAUUUUUACAUUUUGGUGAUUCAAUCAAAAUUCGAACAAAUGCGCGAUAUUUGGCUGGUUUAUCUUUUGAUUCAAAUUCAAUUGUUAAUGAUAGUAUAUUUAUUGCCUGGUUCAACGGUCAACUUUUUCAUUCGGCCCCGCUUUCACUGAAUUUAGUGCACAAUGCUAUCUUAAAAUAUAAAUUCGGCCAAAAUUACAGUAUCCAAGUGACCAAUUGGCCAAUACCAUUCCGGCCUGAAUCAAAAGUAAUGCUCACAAUGAAUGGAAACGACUUGGGCAGUCAAUUGGCCAUGUAUAUUUCAUUUGCAAUGGCAUUCAUAAUUGCAUUGUACAUCAUGUUCCACAUUCGUGAACGAUCUUCAAAGGCAAAACUACUUCAAUUUAUAAGUGGCGUGGAUGCAUCCACCUUUUGGGUGACAUCAUUUCUCUUCGACUUCGUAGUGUACGGCCUAGUUUCGAUGGUAUUUUAUUUCACGAUUUUUGCAAUGCGACAAAAGUAUUGGUCAACAGAAGAAGAAUUGAGGCCUUUGUUUCCGAUUUUCGGUCUUUUCGGCCUAUCAUCAUUAGCCAUCACCUAUGUGGUAUCCGUUUUAUUUUCAAAUGCAUCAUACGGUUUUGUUAGUUUGGCCAGCAUAUUUGUGUUCACAGGUACCACGUUCUUCAAAUUGAUCACAAUUUUAUUGAGUCCAAUUUUGAACAAAUAUGAAAUCGCAAACCAGUUAAAACGAGUGUUCCUCAUGUUUCCGCAUUUUUCAUUGGGAGAUAGUUUAUAUAAUUUGAAUAAGUACAGGGUUUGUAAGGAAGUUUGUGAUAUAAAAACCCAAGAAAUGAAAAACUUUACGUCACCAGGUGCUUCAUAUAAUAUAGAGAUGAAGGUGAAUACAACUGAAAUGUCGAAAUAUAACACAACUUGUAAUACCGAUGCAUAUUGUACUGAUUGUGAUAUGGGUAUUUACGGUUGGAAAGAGCCGGGUAUUGGCCGAAAUUUAACAUAUAUGGCAAUAACAGCCAUCAUAUUUUUCAUCAUUCUUUGGAUCAUCGAAAAGAGAGUUAUUUCGAGAUUAAAUCAUUAUUUCCGUCGACAUGGUCCGCAACCACCAUCUGCAUUGAUAACCAAUGCAAUUGAUUGCGAUGUGAUAAAUGAGAAAAACAAAGUGAACACAAUGACACCAAACGAUUUACGAAAUCAUAAUUUGGUUCUUCAAAAUCUUACCAAGUCUUAUGGUGAUUUUUUGGCUGUGAAAGGAAUAAGCGUUGCGGUGAAAGUGGCUGAAUGCUUUGGUCUGCUUGGAGUGAAUGGUGCGGGCAAGACGACCACGUUCAAAAUGAUGACUGGCGACACAUCCAUUUCAAGCGGAGAUGUAUUUUUAUCAGGCUUGAGUCUGAAAACACAAUUGGCAGAAGUACAAAAAUUAAUCGGAUAUUGUCCACAAUUCGAUGCUUUGCUUGACAAUCUCACCGGAACACAAACAUUGGAAAUAUUUGGUUUGUUGCGUGGUUAUCGUAGGAAAGAUAUAUCCGCAAUGAGCGCUCGAUUGGCGGAGAGUUUAAAUUUCACCAAGCACAUCGAUAAGGAGAUCAAAAGCUACUCAGGCGGCAACAAAAGGAAAUUGAGCACGGCCAUUGCUUUGAUGGGAAAUCCGGCCGUUGCAUAUUUAGAUGAACCUAGUUCCGGCAUGGACAUUGGCGCAAAGAGAAAUUUAUGGGAUGUUGUGUCUCAGGUGCGUAAUUCAGGAACAUCAAUUGUACUGACAUCGCAUAGCAUGGAAGAGUGUGAGGCACUUUGUAACCGAAUUGCAAUUAUGGUGAACGGUGAAUUCAAGUGCCUGGGAUCGGCACAACAUUUGAAAAAUCAAUUUUCGAAAGGUUUUCUUCUGACAAUUAAACUACAAUCAAAUGGUACCAAUGCAAAAGUGACUAAAGCAGAUGCAAAAAUAGCCCAGAACCGUAUCAGUGAGGUAAUCAGAAGGAAUUAUCCAGGAGCUCAUUUAAAGGAACAAUAUCAAGGAUUAUUAACGUUUUAUGUACCACAAACCAAUGAACUUAAAUGGUCGUCGAUGUUCGAUCACAUGGAAUCAAUCAAAGGAAUACUGGGCAUCGAGGACUAUUCCAUAAGUCAAAGCUCACUCGAGCAAGUAUUCUUAUCAUUUACAAAGCCGUAUCAAGAUGACGAACAAAGCCCAAGUGAUUCUGAUUAAGAAAUGCACCUUUGCCAUUUAGAAUUCUAUUUUUUUUUUUAAAUAUUUAUUGUGAUCAAAAUGAUGUUAUAUAAGUCAAUGUGUAGAAAUGCCACACACAAUUCUGAAUGUGUGAUGUAUUUUUUGAAGGAAAUCAAUCAUAUCUCAUUUAUAUUCAAACAAUGUUUGUGUAUCUUGAAUAUACAACAAUAAUUGUGUCUACUUGGAUAAUCCCUAUUUUUAUACAAUAGAAAUCUGAAUUUUAUACACAAUAAACAACUUGCCUUCACUUGUGUGAAUAAAAUAA